UCCCCUUCGCCAUUUUGUGUGCUACUGCGCCGGGAAUCUUAUAAGAGAGUCGUGACUAGUCCUUUUCUUGCUGCUCUACAGAGUGUGUCGGCGUUAUCUUGCUUGAAAUUUCACUCAAUAGGACCGUGGUCUUUGGUAGUUGAGAGAGCCCACUAAGGGACACCUGGCCUUUAAGUCUUUUUUGUAAUUUUUGUACUGUGUGAGAGGAAGAAUGUCUGGCGAAGGCCCUGAAUACUCCCCGUUCUUUGCUGUGAUGGGCGCAUCAGCAGCCAUGGUCUUCAGUGCGCUGGGCGCGGCGUACGGCACGGCAAAGAGUGGCACGGGUAUCGCUGCCAUGUCGGUGAUGCGGCCGGAGCUGAUCAUGAAGUCCAUCAUCCCCGUGGUCAUGGCGGGUAUCAUAGCCAUCUACGGCCUGGUGGUGGCCGUGCUCAUCGCCAACAACAUCACGGAGAAGGCUCCCCUAUACAAGAGCUUCCUGCACCUGGGCGCAGGGCUGAGCGUGGGCCUGAGCGGGCUGGCUGCGGGCUUUGCCAUCGGCAUCGUGGGCGACGCGGGAGUCAGGGGGACGGCUCAGCAGCCCCGCCUCUUCGUUGGCAUGAUCCUCAUUCUGAUUUUCGCUGAAGUUCUGGGACUCUACGGCCUCAUCGUGGCCCUUAUCCUGUCCACCAAAGCAUAAACUUCCACCUUCCAACCACGCUUUGCAGAAGGAAUGGGAUGGAAAGCACCGGGCAAAAAAAAAAGAAAUCUGGGAGGGACUGUGGAAUGGGCGAGGGAAGUCUGAAGCCUAAAUAACUAUAAAAAAAAGGAAAAUCAAACAUGAGAUUUAAAAAAAAAUCUAGAUAUUUAAAGAUAUAAACACAAAGCUCCGUGAGAAAUAUGGUCUUUCAAUGUGUACAGUUGUCUUGAUUUGAUAGUUGACUUCCUGUAAAUGCGCAAUGUAGUGAUUCUUGUCUGUCCUGUGUGUGUAAAAACAAAACAAAAAGAAAAGAAAUGGAUGAUUCUCCUCUCUUCCGCUAACCCCCCCCCUUCUCUCUCAUUCCUCUGUCCCUAUAGCAGCCAGGCGCUGAAAGUUCAGAGCUGUGUCUUUGAUUGUGGCAGCCUGACAGCUUGGUGCCUGGUGGCUUCCAUCUUCUUUCUUGUGGUCUUUCUCCUGUGCCAGAGGGGCCUUAUUAGUUGCUCCAUGCUAUAAGAGACGAGGCCUCCUCUCUGCGAGGGGAACGUCGCUUUAGUAAAACUGAUAUUAAUGGUCUUAUCUGUAUGUGGAUGAUAUGAAAUGAAUUGUAUGGAGUAUUUUUUUUCUUUUUUGGUAAUUGUUUUAUUUUUUUCACUGAUUUAUUUUUUUAUUUAUAAGGUAAUGAACAUUUGUGUACAAAUGGAGCGAUAAUACUAUUCGGAAAUCCCCUUAGUACAUAUUCUGUAUACAUAUAUACAAAGAUCUACAUAUGAUUGAUGACUUAGUUAGCAGACUGCACUGUGGGUUAAGUGUGUUACAGUGACUGGACAUCUUUAUGGUUGUGUAUAAUGGUUCUACUGGGAUUGCCUCUGCUGUGUGUGUCUGUCAGACUGGGAGUGUGUAAGUUCGAUGUGUAUCUGUGUAUUGACUUUCUCGCACACGUGUGUUUUCUCCUUUAGUAACUGCUGUCUGGUUGUAUAUUAAAGGUGUGUGUGUGUGCCCUGUUGUGGCUCUCACAAGUCCAAUUUCCAAA